UCCUUGUGUUGGUAUUAAGCCGGUGAGCUGCUGGUCGAGGCACAGUCCGCUACAUCGCCACCACCGUGAGCAAAAUGGAUGCGGAGAAAGGUUAUCGUCGGCGCCGGGGUCUGAGCACUCUGGAAAAGUCUCUGAUGUUUCUGUUUGUGGCUAUGACCGGCGCCUGCAUCGGCCUCAUUGUCAUCUACUUCACUGACAAAUCUGAAUCUACUGAAUCUCCUGAUACAACAGAGCCCACCUCGGGGUGUGGAGGUCCUCGAGAGCUGUCUGGGGAGUCAGGCACCUUCACCAGCUGGAACUACCCCAACAGCUACGACAAUGGCAAAAGUUGCACUUGGCAAAUCACUGUGGACCCGGGGAAGGUGAUCCAUCUGUGGUUCGAGGAGUUUGCUUUAGAGGAAACUCAGCUCUGCACAGCGGACUUCAUCACACUGAGAGAUUCACUGGGCGUCAUCGGCAAAUACUGUGGCUACUCCAUACCCAAGCCAGUGGUGUCACUGACCAACCACCUCACAGUCUUCUUUGACACCAAUGACAGAAAAACAGACCAAGGAUUCAAGGCUCAUUUCAAAGCAGUGGCUCCAGAGCAAACAUCAGAAAUAGCCGGAGCCGGCGGCUUUCUUCAAGGUGAUCAGGGGAAUCUGAUGACCCCCGGCUUCCCGGACAAGAACUACACGGAUGGAGUGCUGUACCAGUGGAAAAUCACAGUGCCCGAAGGCAACAGGGUCCGACUGACAUUUACCUCCUUCGAACUGGUCCCUGAGGUCUGUGGAGACUUUGUCCAGGUCUACGAUGGCAGCGAUGCUGGCGCUUCUUCAAUUGGUAAACUAUGUGGGGGCAAGAUGCCAAAGCCGGUGGAUUCCAGCAGAAACACCAUGGUUGUCCGCUUCAAAUCUGACAACAGUUUGACUUCAAAAGGAUUCGAAGCAACCUACACAAAGUUCAGCCUUCCACCUGUUGUUCCAACCACAACCAAACCCACAACCACAACCAGACCCACCACUCAAACCUCUCCGGCUGCCACAACCACUGGCAGCGGCGGUCCAAUAAUCCUUACUGGGCGUAAAGGAGUUGUCCAGUCCAUGGGUUUCCCGAAUCCAUACCCUGCUAAUUUAAACACUUCCUGGGAGAUAUCUGUGUCCAGAGGAUUCCUGGUGAAGCUGCACAUCACUGAAUUGGCCAUCACAGGAGAGACUGGACAGUGCAAGGAGGACAAACUGGUCAUCUCAGAUGCAUACAGCGUUCUAGCUACACACUGCGGCUACAUCAUCCCCCCGGUGCUGGUCAGCGCCACUAACAAAAUAUCUAUCACCUUCCAGUCCGACGGUCGCCUCACAGACCGAGGUUUCUCUGCCAAGUGGGAGGCUGUGUAUCCUGAGGAUGUCACAGAAAUCCAGGGCUGUGGCUCUUAUUCCACAGAGGAAACCGGGGUUAUCAAGUCCCAGGACUGGCCUAUGAACUACAAGGCCAACAGCGAGUGCAUAUGGAACAUCGUUUUGCCUCUGGGGACAAAAAUGAAACUAACAUUCACAGACUUUGACCUAGAAGCCAAAGAUAUCUUGACGUCCAAAUGCUAUGAUAACAUAAAGGUGUACGACAUCAAUGGUCUGACUAAUGCCCUGAUUCAAGAAUACGGUCCGUUUUGUGGGACUACGCUGCCUAGUGCCAUCCAGACACAGGGCAACAGGCUGGUGAUUCGAUUCCAUGCGGACCUGUUUACUGAGGGCAAAGGCUUCAGGGCCUACUGGACAACAAACCCAAGUCUGCCUGCUCCCACUGAGCCCCCUGUUCAGCCCAACCCCUGGGACAACAUCCCCAUAGACUGGCCCAGUACAUGUGGGAAACCAGCCAUUCCUCCCGCUGUUGUGUCACGCAUUGUAAACGGGGAGGCAGCCAAGCCACACUCCUGGCCCUGGCAGGUGUCCAUGCAGGUCUGGCCAAGCAGUCAGACAGAACCCAAAUUCUUCCAUACCUGCGGUGGUACUCUUAUUCAUAAGAACUGGGUACUCACAGCAGCCCAUUGCUUCAUAAGAUAUGCAGAUGAGCUGCAGCGUUGGCGUAUGUGCCUUGGAAAACACAACCUGACCUACACAGAGCCGAGUGAACGCUGCUUCAGCAUAUCUGGAAUCUAUCGCCACGAGGGCUUCAAGUAUCCCACGGUGCCCACGGUGGAGUUUGACAUUGCCCUGGUGAGGCUGGAUGGGGAGGUCAUACCCAGUGAUCAGAUAUCAUUCGCCUGCCUUCCCUCCGAGGAGGAAGUCCUACCCGCGGAAAAGAAGUGCUACGCCACCGGCUGGGGAGACGAGACAGGUGAUUCACAAAAUCCUAAAGUUGCAGAAGGCCUCAACCAGGUUGCCCUGCCCGUUGUGCCAUAUGACACCUGCAAGAGGAUGGAUUACUGGUGGUUCCAGGUCAAGCCCUCCAUGAUCUGUUGCGGUUAUGCCCUUCCCGAUGAGCUCAAAUCUGUCUGUCAGGGAGAUUCAGGUGGUCCACUGGUUUGCCAGGAUACCCCUGGUGGUCUUUGGGAAGUUCAUGGUAUAACCAGCUUCGGCCCUGUUGGAUGCAUUAUGGAUAAAAAGCCCUCCGUGUUCACCCGCUCCUCUGCCUACAUCCCCUGGAUCUCAAAUGUCAUCCGCAGGGACAUCUACAAUGAGCACACAUCUGGCUGUGGAGGGGCAAAGGAACUGACUGGCACAAGCGGCACCGUGUCCUCUAUGGGUUACCCUGGCAGCUACAGCAACAAAGCGAGCUGCCACUGGAUCAUCCGCGUUCCUGCUGGAAAACUGGUCCACCUGCAUUUCCGUGAUUUCUCCCUGGAGGAGAGUGAGCUGUGCAUAAAUGACAAAGUCAGCCUCACAGACGGUCUGGGAAGUCUGGGCACCUACUGCGGCAAUGUCGGCCCUAAAGAUAUAGUGAGUGACGGAAAUACGCUUCACAUCAGCUUCUCCUCAAAUGACAAAGUGGUGGACACAGGCUUCACUGCCACCUGGAGGGCGGUGGACCCUGCAGACGCUCCUUGUGGAGGAAGUUUCAGCAGCAACCAGGGUGAAAUCACCUCCCCCAACUGGCCCGGUGACUACGAAGCCCGGAGUGUUUGCACGUGGCGUAUAGCCAUCCCUUCAUCAAAAAGUAUCCACGUAGCCUUCACUCAUUUUGAACUGCAAGCUGUGAACAUGUUAGGAAACUGUGUGGACUAUGUGGAGGUCUUCAAUGGAUACAACAUGUCAUCACUCGGUCGAUUCUGCGGCUUUGCCCCUCCACCUGCCAUCGCUGUCCCCAGCAACACAGUCGUUAUUCGCUUCCUUAGUAACGGAGCUAAUCAACAGCAGGGUUUCCGGGGUUACUGGACCACCGACGCCAGUGUCAUCCCGACAUUACCUCCCCCGACUCCAUACCCGUGGAAUAUCACUAUAAACUGGCCAAAAAAUUGUGGCAACCCAGCAGUGCCACCAAAUACAGCCACCCCAAGGGUGGUCAACGGGGAAGAGGCAGUCCCACACUCUUGGCCCUGGCAAGUGUCCAUGCAGGCGACGCCGAUGUUUCCCAUACCUUACAUGCAUGGCUGUGGAGGCUCUUUGAUUCACGAGGAGUGGAUCCUAACUGCUGCUCACUGUUUCAUGGUACCACUGAAUAACCCCUCUUUCUGGCGCAUGUGUCUUGGAAAGCACCACAUGAACUCCUCCAUGGACGUCCCCUCGGCAGAGAGAUGCUACAAGGUGGACGCCAUCAUCCGCCACAAGGGCUUCGUGUAUGAGCAGGAUAGCUCUGACAUCAGCAACGACAUAGCCCUGGUGCAUUUGACCCAGCCGGUCAACAUGACAAGAGAGAUCAGCCCAAUCUGUCUGCCCAAACCCGGGACCGUGAUGCCUGCUGGGACGCCGUGCUUUGUCACUGGGUGGGGAGACGAGAAAGGUAACCUGUUCCCCAAAGUGUCUGACAAGCUGAAUCAGGCAGCCCUUCCUAUUGUUGACUUCGAGACGUGCAGUAAGCCCGCUUACUGGUGGGACGCCCUCAGGCCCUCCAUGAUUUGUGCUGGCUACGAGUCCCCAGAUGAGCUGAAGUCAGCCUGCCAGGGUGACUCUGGGGGCCCUUUCGCCUGCACAGCCACUGGAACAAAAACAACUUGGGAAGUGCAUGGCAUCGUCAGCUUUGGACCUCAGGGCUGCAUCAAAGACAAGAAACCCUCUGUGUUCACCCGAGUCUCUGCCUUCAGUGACUGGAUUGAGGACAACAUUAAAAAGUUUAUUCAUGAAAGUGGCAAAACCAAGUGAAGCUGAUAUCUUGAAAUAAAGUCUUUAUUGCGCUUUCAGGCAGGUUUCUAACAUUUUCACCCGGGGUUCACAUUGAAGUUUAACGUUUGUUACACGCAAGACAUGAUCACUCAUCCAAGUAAUUUCUUCAGGAAAACUGUAGACCACGCCCCAAUAAAUAUGAUGCAGCAAAUCAAAACGUGCUGCAGUGCAUGUCAUCCAUCCCAUCAUAUUUUGCAGUGUCUCUCCUCUGAUGGGUUUGAGCUAGGUUUUCUCAGCUCAGUGCAGUGGCAUCCUCCUGAAUUUGAACCCAAACUGUUUUCAAAUGACACAAGACUAGUGUUAUCACAGGAAGUGGUAUUGUGUGUAAUUUGCUGUGUAAUUUUCACAUGGCCAAUUUGUAGGCAAUUUUUUUUUUUAAAGUAACAUUUCUACAAAUAUAAUUGCUACUGUAAAUGUAUUUUCUAUUGUUAGGACAGUUUCUAAUGCAUUCAAAAUAUAGCUCUGAAGUAUUGAUUAAUGCUUAGUCUCAAUAUUGUUGAGUGUAAUCAGUGUAAUCAUAAGUACAUAUUAUGUGUUAAUAUUUUUAAUCAAGCAGCUGUAAAUGAAAUUGUUGCUGUAAAUGUUUUCUACGCUGGAGAAACAGCUGGAACAGUCCUCCUUCCUUCCUUACAUAUAUUUAAUAAUAAAGAGAUAAAAUGAUGGCAGUGAUGUGUGUUCAGACUGUGACUACGUGUUAUUUUUUUUGUUAUUCCUGUAAGAGGAUCAAACCUGCGUUUACAAUGAUUUUGAACUUUUCCUGUUUCCACAUCUACCACUAUUAAUUCA